AUGGCGAAGCUCAACGUAACGGUUGUCGGCAGCGGCAACUGGGGUAUGGCCAUCGCGACCAUCAUCGCAGGCAACACCUCCAGGCAUGAUGAGUUCGAGGAUAACCUGACCGUCUGGAUGUUCGAGGAAGAAGUGCAGCACAAAGGAGUGAAGCGCAAGCUCUCGGAAGUCUUCAACGAGACAAAGGAGAACGUGAAGUACCUCCCGGGUAUCACUUUGCCGGAGCACGUCAAGGCGGAGCCGGACCUGAAGAAGGCAGUGAUGUAUGCCGACGUCCUGAUCUGGGUGCUGCCGCACCAGUUUGUGGCCAGGACUGUGCAGAACAUGGGCAAGAUCAAGGACACUUGCGUCUCUGUCAGCCUCAUCAAGGGCGGCCUCGAGCUCGAGGGUGGCAAACUUGGCCUUUGCUCCGACUUGCUGCGGAAGCUCCUGGGGCACGAGGUGGGCGUCCUGAUGGGAGCCAAUGUCGCCAACGAGGUGGCGGCCGGAGAAUUUUGCGAGGCAACCUUGGGAAUCAAGGACAAGAAGCACCAAGCCACCCUGGUGAAGCUGUUUGACUGCAGGACGUUCCGCGUAACUGCAGUGGACGAUAUCCCAGGUGUGGAGCUCUGUGGUGCACUGAAGAACGUUGUAGCGCUGGGAGCAGGCUUCUGCGAUGGCUUGGAGUAUGGUGGCAACACCAAAGCAGCCCUGAUCCGGAUUGGCCUGCAGGAAAUGAAGACCUUCAUCCGCUACUUCUACCCCGAGGUUAAGGACUCCACCUUCUUGGAGAGCUGUGGCGUCGCAGACUUGAUCACCACCUGCUUUGGUGGCAGGAAUCGAAAAUGCGCCGAAGCCUUUGUGAAGGCGAAGGGCACCAAGAGCUGGGACAUGAUUGAGAAGGAGCUUCUAGGCGGGCAGAAGCUUCAGGGCACUCUGACCGCCCAGGAGAUCUGGCCAGUCAUGCAGAAGCACAACUUGUGCGACAAGUUGCCGAUGCUCACCACUAUCUACCAGAUUGCCUUCGAGGAUCGAGCGCCCUGGGCUAUCGUCAAGCUGCCCUCGGGAAUGCCCACGUCCGCCUUUCACGAGGACGAUGGCUUCUUCGAAAAGAAAUGA